GUUUGGAAUGCUUUAUCCUGCAUAUUAUUCCUACAAAGCUGUGAAAACAAAAAACGUGAAAGAAUAUGUUCGAUGGAUGAUGUACUGGAUUGUUUUUGCUCUCUAUACUGUGAUUGAAACAUUGGCAGAUCAGACAGUUGCUUGGUUCCCCCUGUACUAUGAGCUUAAGAUUGCUUUUGUCAUAUGGCUACUCUGUCCCUAUACCAAAGGAGCAAGUUUAAUAUACAGAAAAUUUCUUCAUCCACUUCUUUCUUCAAAGGAAAGGGAGAUUGAUGAUUACAUUGUACAGGCAAAGGAACGAGGCUAUGAGACCAUGGUCAACUUCGGACGGCAGGGUUUAAACUUAGCAGCUACUGCUGCUGUCACUGCAGCAGUGAAGAGCCAAGGAGCAAUAACUGAACGUUUAAGAAGUUUCAGUAUGCAUGAUUUAACAGCUAUUCAAGGUGAUGAGCCAGUGGGACAAAGACCAUACCAGCCUCUACCAGAAGCAAAAAAGAAAAGUAAACCAGCACCCAGUGAAUCAGCAGGGUAUGGAAUUCCACUAAAAGAUGGAGAUGAAAAAACAGAUGAAGAAGAGAAUGGGCCAUACUCAGACGAUGAGAUGAUAACACACAAAGGGCUUCGAAGAACACAAAGCAUGAAAUCUGUGAAAACUGUCAAAGGCCGCAAAGAGGUGCGGUAUGGGUCACUAAAAUAUAAAGUGAAGAAGAGACCACAGGUGUAUUUUUAGCCAUCUGCACUUCAAAUAUCCCAAGAUAAAUUAUACUAAUACGUCGACUUCAUUAUUAAAUAUUAUACAUUCAGGA